UGAAAAUUACACUUUUAUUCCAAAACGUCAUCAAGGAAGACACGAAUCCUUCACAAAUCGCUUCAAGUCAGCAACAUUAGAAAAAAAUCCGUCAAAAACCAACAACCAUGCAUAUUAUUCGGCCGAUGCUGUUUCGGAUGGGUCCGGUCGCUUCUGGAUUCUCGAAAAAUGUGACCAUCCGCCGGGCUCACGUCAAUCUGUGGGACAACUUCAAGAAGUUCUCAAUGAACGAUCGCCCGGUUCCGGAGGGAGAUUUCAUGACCCAUUGGAACAAGAGACAGCGCUUCUACAACAUGAUGCUCGCCGGCGGUUUCGGCUCAUUCGUCAUUGCCAUGGGCAUGGUCAUCCAGUCCGGGCUGGUUUUCCUUAACUUUGUGCCACCGGAAACGUAUGAAUAAAUUAUGUAACAAAUCA